UUCGGUCACUUUGUUCAAGUCUUCAUGGAAAAAAUAUUGUUACCACGGUUAUUGUAACCGUAAUGUACCGUUUGAAAACGACUGUAAAUAUUCAUUACAACGUCACGGCGACGAUUAAAGGCGACUUCACACUCCGCCGUAAAUCGUAAUAACGGUGAUUUCCGAAAAAAAAUUUGGCUCUGUGAUUGGCUGAACCGCGAGGCCAUUAAGCGGUGCAUACAAUCAUCGACUAACAUAAUUAUUCCAGAGAGCAGAAUCCAAUUAUACUCAAGGCGUAUAUUUUUAUUAUUCAUAUACCAGUUAUCAGUUACCACUUACCCAGUUUCGUAACAUCGAUGCAAACAAUCUAAUAGUUUCGUCUCAUUAAAAACACAUUUCAAAACAAUGUUUUUCCGGAAAUCGCUGCGUUGAAGACAGACGCCUUGGGACACACUUCUGCAACGGCUGCUUAAAAUCGAAACGUGUUUUGUUAAACACGCGAUUACAACACGAGGAAGUUCAACAACGCAAUAUUUUGAUUAGGUUUAUGAGGAAUAACACUGCAAAACACGUUUCGUCGUCGCGAUCGAAACACGCUCUCCGCUAGACUGAAAUUACAUGGACGCCGCCGCACUACAGUCUACAAAUACUAUACAGCAGAAAGUCGCGUAAAAUUUAAUUUCGUCGAAACAAUCUAAAACAAUUGUACAUAAUGCAGCGAAAUCUCCCCUAACGGACAAAUCCAAAUAACGGACGUUAUUAUUUCGGGAACAAACUACCAACUACUACAGACGUUUUAGAAACUGAACCCUCUGAACAGCGAACACCUCCAAAUAGUGGACAACAUUUCAGCGACCGAGUGUCUGAUUUUCGAUCGUUGUCAUGCAAAUAUAUACGGUAUACUAGUGACUGGGAUUUGGACUUGGCCAAAGAAGACAUCGGUGUUGAUUCGGAUGUUUACUUCACACAAUCGUUUGUGGCCAAAAUGAGGUGGUGCACUCCGUUGGUCAGCAUCAGCCUGUGCCUUAUGUUGGCGGGAUGUGUUUUUUCUUUCAGCGGUCAUUUCUACAAGGACCAGAAGACACUGAUCGCAUCGUCUUUGCACACGUUAGCCGGACUUAUACUCGCUGCCGGCCUGUUCGUGUUCGCCUCCGUGCUCAACGACAGCUUCUCGCCAGUCGUUUAUCAGUCGAUGGACGGCGGCGACGGUGACGGGUUCGACGGUGAACUGCGGUCCGACUACGAUUACCGGUACGGUUGGUCGUUCGUCGCGUGCAGCCUGGCGUUCCUGGCGUCCGAGGCGUCGGCCGUGUUCACCAUCACGGCGUACUUCCGGCGGCUGGAGGACCGCGUCCAGUACACGGCCGUCGACCGGAAACCGUCGCUGGAAACUCCACCACCGACCUGCGGCGGCGACAGGACGUCGUCGGCCUGUUCAGCGGACGGGCUGGCCGAUUCAUCCGACGGCGCGUCUGGUGCCGCCAACGUCGCGGCCACUGAAACGACUUCGCGAUCGGAUCAGUCGUCGUCGGCCGCCGCCGCCACUUCCGGUCGCCAUCAGUCGGCCCAGUGCGCGUCAAACGGCGGCGGUGGCGGGGCCGAUCAGGCCGCGUCGUCGUCGUCGUCAUCGUCACCGAGCGCCGUCGCGGCCGAGUCCUGCAGCAACGGCGUCACCAGCAAAACGCCGCCCGACAUAUGUCCACUGAAGGUCGGCUGCGACGGGCCUGCUCCAGCCGCUCCCGGCGCCACGGCCAUCGGGCACCGGUUGCCUGCCGUCUCGGCGCCGUUCAUCAGCGCCACGUUGAAUCACCCUCACAAGUCACAGCAUCAGCACCACAACCACCAGCAACAGCAACAGCAGCACCACCACCACCAGCAACAGCACACGCAGCACUAUAGGCAGACGCUGGCCGUGGGGGGUAACGGUUCGUGUUACGAGGUGGACACCACCAAGCCUUGCACGUGCACGUCGGCCGCUACGCUGACCACCAAACGGUACGCGACCAUCGCCGGCGUGGCCAGGCACAACGGUGGCAAACAGUACACGACAACGACGACGACCGCGUUGACGAACAACCACAACAACAACAACGGCGGCAGACGUUCGGCGGCCGGUCUGGCGGCCAUCAAGGAAUCGGCUGCCGCUCUGGCUGACCAUCACCCGCUGCAGCACAACAGCGGCCACCAUCACCGAAAACCCGAGCCUCCGACUAGGCGUCUCAAGGCGUCCGUCGGUGGUUACGUCGUACCACAGACGCCCAUCGCCGCGCUUGAAGCACUGGACUGUCCGCCGGUCGCCGACCCGCGGCUCGUCGUGCCCAGUUCGGUAUGACGAAAUUGUCGCGUCGUCCUCGGACAGGACGAACAUGCCGUCUGACGGCGACGCGACGUCCAACCGCUGUUCUUGCACGUACGCCCUCGCACUGGCCACGGCGAAACAGGAAGAACCAGAGAACAUAUACUAUUGUCGUAAACGCCUCCCGCAUGUGCUCCGACCAAAAUAUUAUUAUUACUAUAAUUAUUAUUAUUAUUAUUAUUAUUGUCUAAUAAAACAUAUUAUAUCCGGCUACCAACCAACACGUGUGUUCGUGUCCAUGUUACUGUGAAUUUCGUUACAUCGGAAUGCAAUGGCUUAACCAUUAUUAUGAAAUUAGAGGUUGGGGGAGGGGGGGGGGGAGGAUCGAUUAUAAUUUAAACCAAGUACUAAGUUUUUUACAGGUUUUGUGUUUAUAUAAAUAACAUAAAUAAUACGUUUACUAAGGAAAAAAAUAUAAAUGGAGAGGGGGGACCACACAAAAACCCCCAGGCCUCGCCAGUGUCGGAACGUAAAACGUUAUCGGCCAGCUAUUAACGUUAUUCGCCUACAAAAAACUUGAGAAUUAUCGCGAAUGCUUUGCAAACCCCUCUGAUGAAAUCAUGAUCAGACCCAGUGUGGUUUAUUCGUUUAUUUAUUCGAUGACUUACGGAACCUGAUGAGGUGACAUAAUAAUAUGGCAUUGCAGUUAUAUUUAUAAUGAGACAGGAGCGCAGUGUAUAAGAAAAACUUUGGAAGUAUGUGAAAUCGCGAAAAUAGAGAACAUUAAAUGUUGUGUUAAGUAGGUAAUAAAGUAUAGUGAGAUUAACGAAAAACCAAAAUAAAUUAUUAAGUCUGCAAAGCCCCUCCGGAUGAUACAUCUUAUCGAGGAGGCAUUAUUAUACAUAUAUAUAGUGUCUUUUUGCGUUCAAUAGAUUUUCAGUCUUAUCACAUUCUCAUCUUUCUCCGGGUACUUAAACUUAGUUAUAAAGUCGGUCACGUCAAUGGCUAUUAUAUGAACGUAAAUACUGAAAGAAAUAACUGCUAACGAUGAAAAACUGUUGGGUAUAAUUACAGAAUAUGUUCAAUUUACAGGUAAAAAAAUGUCAGUACCUAAGUUAACCGAGAAAUUUUGAAAAAAAAAUUUUGGGUGUAAUUUUUAUUCAAUUUUCAAAUAAAGUGUAUUUAUCAAAUUUCUUAUGACAGAACACUAUCAGUGUUAACAUUAAGUAAAUGUAUAGACAGAUUUUAAGCUAAAAUACAGUGUCCACAUUUUGUAUUGUUCUAUGACUUUAUAGUCGCAUUGGCUACACUGGCUGACUAAUUAUGACUUAUUCCGCUUGUAAAAACGUUUAAAAUAAGCUAAGAGUCACUCAUUUUUUUUCAAUUGUAAACAAAAACUGUAAAAUGUUCGUUGAUUUACUUUUGCCCGUUAAUUUUACCACCGGUUAUAUUAAUUACUGGGCUCACAUCUCUAGGCAUAAUAUAAUGGACGAUCUGAUCGAAUUAGCAUAAUAUGGUGGAAACAGUUGGAAACGAGGGAGGCAGCUGGGAAAAGUCGUGUUGAGGGUUAGCAUUGCAAUGACAAACGUUAUGGCUGGCGUUGAAAAGUUAUUUAAUAACACUAAAUGUCACAACAGUUCUUCUUGUAAAAACAAAUAAAUGAUGUAACAAUAUAGUAAUACUAUACUUACCUACGAUGUUUUAGAUUUAAAAAUACCUACGUCACGGUAAUAUUAUUGCCCACAUAUUAUUAUGUACAUUUGGUCAAUAACUUUAAUAUUAUCUGUUCUGUGUAACCAUAUAACUACCACCCAUAUAGUAAUAUGUAUUUGGACAAUAAUUUUAAUGACCGGCGAAUAACGUUAUAUUCCGAUUAACGUCAUUAUGUAAACAUUCCGAAUUGUCGAGUACUUUGUAUCGUUCGUGUUAACAUCGCUUUUGCUCGUCUCGCCUCUGGCAUCCGUUUCCCCAGCUCAUUUUUUUUUUGUUUUCCUGAGAAAAUAUUUUACUUAAUGGCUUACUGCGCAGGUCACACGAUAUUGAAAAAGAAAACACUAAAAUCUUUGUUUGCGUUGUAUACCGGCACUCGAGUAAAUAUUAUAUAGGUAGGUAUACAAUUUAUAUAUGAUUCGUGCAGGCUGUAUUUUUUACUUCAAUAUAAAUCGAAAUAUACAACUUUAUAAUACUUGGUAAAUUGGUCAAAUUCAGUUUUAUAAUACGUGGUAAAUUGGUCAAAUUCAGUUUUAUAAUUACAAGGUGCUUAUCAAAAAGCACGGUCUUUUUCAACCUUUCUGUUUUUAUGAGAGUGUGCCAACGCUGGCUUUCUAUUUUUUUUCGGUUUGGCUUUUACGUAUACGUAUCAUAUUAUAAUGUUAACAUAGAAACGUAUAAUCCUUCAAUAAUUAUAACUAUAUUAUAUUAUAUGAAGUAAAUACAUAUUAAAUAAUACAAUAGGUGUCGACUAAUAUCUAAAAUAGACGAUUGAAUUAAAUAAGACAAAAUGACCUAUGAAUAAACCAAUCAAAAAAAAAAUAAUUUUGACAGAAUAAUAAUAUUUCAAAUGAUAAAUAACAUGAAAUAAUAAAAAUAAUAAAAGCAAUUUAUUAC